AUGAAAGAGAAACUCCAUGAAGUUAUUUUACUCCAGGCACCUAUAAAGGUGCAACACAUGGCUACUACGCACACUCUAAUGGCUUAUGCAUCUAUCAAUCUAUCUAUCUAUCUAUCUAUCAAUCUAUCUAUCUAUCUAUCUAUCUAUCUAUCUAUCUAUCAAUCUAUCUAUCUGUCUAUCGAUCGAUCCAUCUAUCUAUCUCAUUCAAUUUUUCUUCUUCUAUUAUUAUUAAAGAUUAUAUUCUUAUCCUCUUCUACUUAUUAUUAUAAUUCUUUAUUUUCUUCUUCUUAUUAUUGUAAUUAUUUUUCUUCUUCUUCUUCAUCUCUUCUACUUAUUAUUAUUAUUCCUCUUCUACUUAUUAUUGUAAUUAAAAUUAUUAUUAUUAUUUGCCUCAAGAUUAUUAAUUAUUUUCUUCUUCUUCUUCUUCAUCUUCUAUUAUUAUUCCUCUUCUACUUAAAUAAUUAUUUUUCUUCUUCUUCUUCUUCUAUUUUUAAUUAUUAUUAUUAUUAUUUUUUAAGAAUUAUUAUUAUUAUUAUUCCUCUUUACUUAUUAUUACCAUUAUUUUUUCUUGUCUUCUUCUUCUUCAAUCUUCUUCUACUUCUUCUUCUAUUAUUAUUAUUAUUAAGAUUUAUUAUUCCUCUUCGACUUAUUAUUGUAAUUAUUUUCUUCUUCUUCUUCUUCUUCAUCUUCUUCUACUUAUUAUUAUUAUUAUUAAGAUUAUUACUAUUCUUCUUUAUUAUUAUUCUUCUUCUUUUCAUUAUUAUUAUUAUUAUUUUUUACUAUUUUCUUCUUCUUCUUCUUCUUCUUCUUCUACUUAUUAUUAUUAUUAUUAGAUUAUUACUAUUAUUCCUCUUCUACUUAUUAUUAUUUUACUAUUAUUCCUCUUCUACUUAUUAUUAUUUUUCUUCUUCUUCUUUCUUCAUCUUCUUCUUAUUAUUAUUAUUAAGAUUUUACUAUUAUUCUUUCUUCUUCUUCUUCUUCUUCUUUCUUAUUAUUAUUAAGAUUUUUACUAUUAUUUUUCUACUUAUUAUUAUUCCUCUUCUACUUAUUAUUAUAAUUAUUUUCUUCUUCUUUUUCUUCAUCUUCUUCUACUUAUUAUUAUUAUUAUUAAGAUUUUUACUUUAUUCCUAUUAUUCCUCUUCUUCUUCUUCAUCUUCUUCUACUUAUUAUUAUUAUUAUUUUUUUUAUUCCUCUUCUUCUUCUUCUUCUUCAUCUUCUUCUACUAUUAUUUUAUUAUUAUUAUUUUCUUCCUCUUCUACUUCUUCUUCAUCUUCAUUACUUUUAUUAUUUUUUACUUUAUUCCUCUUCUACUUAUUAUUGUAA